AAAAGGUAACACGACAGAACAGAAAAACACAAGUGAAAACAAUGAGCGAAAAGAGGCGAAUAAAUCUUGUUGCAGGUUCAUACGAAAGAUUCAUAUGGGGUUUCAAUCUCAAUCCCAAUAAACAAACCCUAACCCCUUUUUUCUCUUACCCUUCUCAUCUCUCUCUAAUCAAAUCCGUCGCCGUUUCCGGCUCCGUCGUUGCUUCCGGCGGCUCCGACGACACAAUCCAUCUCUACAACCUCUCUGCCGCUUCUUCCCUUGGUUCCCUCAACCACCACUCCUCAACCGUCACCUCUCUCUCUUUCUACUCACCACCUCACCUCUCUUUCCCUCGUAAUCUCGUCUCCGCUGACUCCGAUGGCUCCGUCGCCAUUUUCGAUGCUGACGGAUUUGUUCAUCUCCAGACACUUUCUGUUCACCGGAAAGCUAUUAAUGACCUUGCUCUUCAUCCUUCUGGUAAACUUGCGCUUACUGUUUCGCGUGAUAAUUGCUUUGCUAUGAUUAAUCUUGUUCGUGGCCGCCGAAGCUUCUGUUGUAGACUCGAUAAGGAAGCUUCCUUAGUUCGAUUUGAUGCUUCCGGUGACUCGUUCUUUAUGGCUGUUGAUGAGACUGUUUGCGUUCAUCAGGCUGAGGAUGCUCGUUUGUUGUUUGAAUUACAAUGCCCCAAACGUGUUCUUUGCGCCGCACCUGCUAGGAAUGGACUUCUCUAUACAGGCGGUGAGGACCGAAAUAUCACAGCAUGGGACAUAAAGAGUGGAAAAGCUGCAUAUUGUAUAGAAGAGGCCCAUGCUGCCCGUGUAAAAGGUAUUGUUGUGCUCAGUGAUGAGGCUACAGGGGAUGAUGAACCAUACCUGGUGGCAUCUGCAUCAUCUGAUGGGACAAUACGUGCAUGGGAUGUUCGAAUGGCUGCCACAGAGAAGCCAAAUCCACUAGCUGAGUGUAAGACACAGUCAAGGCUGACAUGCCUUGCUGGAUCAUGUCUGAAAUAUUCAGCCAAACAACCCCAAGGUGGAAAGAAUAAUGCAAAAGUUGAAGAUGAAAAUCAAAUGGUGACUGAUCAAUAGGUUUUCUUGCUGGCAUGCUUGAGAAAAUUGUUUUGCUGUUCGACUAACGCGGCUUUGACCUUCGAAGGGUUCAAUUAGCAUCAUGUUGAUUAUAUUUAUCAGUUGCGGCGCGUGCAUACACAAAAGCACACAGCUGCUAUAUGUUGGCUUGUGUUAUGUUUAAUAUCUAAUUCUGUAUAACUCUCCUAGAAAGUUGAAACAGAUGAAGGUUCACAUACUAUUAUUUUUCAUCUUAGAAUAUUUUAGUUUUCAUUUAAUAUAUAUUAUUAUAUA